AGUACUUGUGUUGUUGUGUGGUACUUGUCAGUUACUGUCAUGCUAUUGUUAUUUGUUAUGAUAUGUUACCACUCAAUAUAAUAUAAAUAAAUAGUUACCUACUCUGGCUAGUGGCUAGUUGCUUGCCGAGGAGUUGUCGCUUGUUGUGGCUAGUGGCUAGUGUGACAUGUCUGAGGUCCGACUAAUAUAACAUUUAUUACAAAAUAUUAUUCUAUGUCUAUGACGGUUGACGAUACUAUUAUUUUGUUCGUCUAGAAGCCUUGUUAGAUAGUUAACAUUUCAUAAUUAUCUUUUUAUGAUGGAGCUAAGCCAUAGUUUGUUGUUGAACGAAGAAGCGUUAAGACAAUUACCAGAAACAAAACGUCCAGUUUUCAUCUUUGAAUGGCUACGGUUUUUGGAUAAAGUAUUAUUGACUUCUAAGAAAGUUGAUAUCAAAGAAUGUCAAAAAAAAAUGGUCGAUCAAUUAACAAGUUUAAUUCAAAAAAAUCCAGGUCCGCCGACUAGAAUGUUAAUUGCAAAAUGCCUGUCCACUUUGUUCAAUGUUGGUGAUACAUUUCUUCUUUUUGAUACAGUUAACAAAUGUAAUGAUUUGUUACGUGUUAAAGAUGAUUCUUUAACAUACCUUUCUACAAAGUUAGCUGCAGUUACUUGUAUGGGAUUUAUGUAUAAAAAUUUGGGACGAAUGAUGGGACGAUCUUAUGAAGAAACUGUGACUAUUUUAAUAAAAUGUCUUAAGAAUGCAGAAUCUCAAAUCAGAGUAGAGAUAAUUAUAACAUUAGAAAAGAUUUGCUGUGGAAUGGGAAAUGUUAUGGGUCAUAUGCAUAAAGAUAUUUACAAGGCUAUUAAACAUUCUCUAACCGAUCGAGUAAUGGCCGUUCGAACUGCAACUGCCAAAUGUUUAUUUGAAAUGAUAAAACAUUCCAGUUUUUUAUACACCUCAGAUUUAGAAAAUGUAGCUACAUUAUGUUUCCGAGCAUUUGAGAAUGCAAACUAUGAAGUAAGAUGUUCUGUUGCAAAAUUUUUAGGCUUUCUUAUUGCUUCUACACAAAUCCAAAACAAAGAACUUCAUUCAGCUCAAAUGUCAAAGUCAACAAAAUGUAUUACAUUAGAAGAUUCAUUAACCAUAUUAAUGAAUGGGUUUUUAAGAGGUGGAACUGGAUUUCUUAAAGGAACAGGCGAAAUUAUAAAAGGAACUACAGGUAGUCAUCGAGAAGUUAGAGUUGGUGUUACUUAUACUUAUGUGGAAUUUGUUCAUUCGUUGGAUGUUACUUGGCUGGAAAAAAAUUUAAAUACUUUCAUGCGACAUAUUUUAGAUUUAGUUUCAAAUCCAAAAUCAGCAUCUUCUCGUAUUGAUGCUAUUUAUUCUAGAAAGUGCAUUAGCUUUAUAUUACGUAGUGUUCUUGGACAAAUGUUAAGUGAAAAGGCACAAUCUUCUGCGUGUAAAGAAUUGGCUCUAAUUGUUAAGAAACAAAUGAGCUCAAUUGAUUUUAGUCCAGAAAACGCUAAAGAUUUUAACCAAGAGACCAUAUUUGGUCAAAACUUUUUAGUUUGUGCAUUGCAAGAAAUGGGCUGUUUACUGCUUAACAUGGGCACAAUGGCGAACAAUCUUAUAUCGGAUAACACAUGCAAUGUUAUUGAGACAGCUUUAUCUGUUAUGGUACAUCCAAGUCCGGCAGUUCGAUUAUCAGCUGCAUGGUGUAUACGGUGUGUUUGUAUUGCUUUACCAAGCCAAUGCACUCCUUUAAUUGAUCGAUGUAUUGAGAAUAUUGAAAGUUCAGGAGCUUCACCAGAAAUAAUUCUUGGUUAUAGUUCUGUACUUAUUGGUAUACUUGGAAGUGUUAAAGUCUCACCUCUGGGCAUCCCUCAUAUGCGAGGAAAAAUAAUCUUUAAUACUGCUGAAGAUUUACUGAGAACUGCUAGUCAAAACAGUAGGCUAUCACAUAGUAGAACUAAGGCUGGAUGGUUGUUAAUUGGUGGCGUGAUGACAUUAGGAGUUAGCGUUGUUCGAGGACUUUUACCACGCAUGCUUCUCUUAUGGAGAAAUUCUUUUCCACGGUCAUCUAAAGAACUUGAAUCUGAAAAAGCUAGAGGAGAUCUAUUUACUUGGAAGUUGAUUUUGGAAGGCCGAGCUGGAGCUCUUGCAUCUAUUUACAGUUUCUUAUUCAACUGUAAUGAACUAGUCACUGAAGAGAAAAUUAAGAGAUUAUUAGUUCCAAUUGAAUCUGCUCUUGCAAUGCUAAUUAAUAUGAAUUCAGUUGUUAAAAGCUAUGGCCAACACUUAAAAGCCCCAAUAGAAUUAGUCAGAUUGCGGCUAUAUGAAACUUUAUCGCUGAUUCCUGCACAAGAUUUUGAAGUUAUGGAUUCUCAAGAAGAGUCUAUUUACGGGUCGGUGAUCAAUACGAUUUCAUCCACACCCGAUUCAAUGGGAAUAUUUGACAGAAGAUCGUUUGUACAUUGCACUUGUGAUAGUUCCAAAAUUAAUAUUAGUUCUGAAAAGGAAGAUACAAAAAUAGAAAAUGUGUUUAAAUUUUUUUUAACAAACAGUGAUGGUUUACGAAUUCAAAUAUCUUCAUUUACACAUAUUUUAAGACUGUUAGUCUCAGAAUUUACAUUGGCAGAAAAUCCUGCUAAUACUGUAACAUCAAAAUUGAGAUAUGUUUGUAAAAACGAGGAAGGAAUAUUAUUGGGAAUAUGUCCUGUUCAACAUUCACAUCAUCAGACAAUUGAAGAUCAGGUGGAUUGUUCAAGAAAAGUUGAAUAUGAUUAUCUGAUACAAAAUAAUGCCAUUGGAUCAGGUGCUUUAGACAAUGAUCCUAGAUAUCUUUAUCUCUCAGUAUCUAAAGAUGAUAACAUACCAAGUCCUUUACCAUUGGAGGUAUCUGUAAUUGAUGCAUCUGUUACUUUAUUUGGCUUAAUAUUUCCUCGUGUGACCAACAAGCACAGAAUUCAAAUGAUAGACCAUUUCACUGAUCAAAUAAAAUACUCAAAGUCAUGCCGGUGUGAUGCUAUUUCAACGAACAUUUUUGCUUCACUAUUAGCUGGUCUUAAAGCACUUUCAGACACCAAAUCAACAAUUGGUCACGAAGAAAUUAAAACAACUACCGCUACUCUGAUUACAAACGCAUUAACAAAUGGUAAUACCAUUCUACGAGUGGCUGCUGCUGAGAGUGUUGGACGAAUGGCUCAAGCAGUUUCAGAUUCAAGAUUCACUGCAAUGCUUGCUCAAACUAGUUUUGAUCGUCUCCGUUGUGCUAGAGAUGUCCCUAGUCGAACUGGACAUUCUUUAGCUCUUGGAUACUUACAUAGACAUGUUGGUGGUAUGGGAUCAUCACACCAUUUGAAUACUAGUGUUAGCAUUUUGCUUGCAUUAGCUCAAGAUACCACAUCUCCAAUCGUUCAAGUUUGGUCUCUACAUGCAUUAUCUCUCAUAGCAAAUUCCGGAGGGCCAAUGUUUAGAGGUUAUAUAGAACCUUCACUAUCGUUGGCCUUAAAACUUCUGUUGAUAGUUCCUCAUUAUCAUGCUGAUGUUCAUCAGUGUAUUGGAAAAUUGAUCUCGUCUUUAAUCACUACCAUUGGACCAGAAUUACAAGGUAAUUCAGCAUCAAUUACAACUGCCCGAUCAUCUUUUUUGUGUGCAUGUGCGAUUAUGCAAGAUCAUGAAGAUCCAUUAGUUCAAGCAGAAUCUACAGUAUGUCUACAGGAGUUACAUAUGUUCACUCCAAAACAUGUCAAUUUGACUGCCUUAGUUUGGACUUUAUGUCAAAAUUUAUCAAACAGUCAUUUACUUCUAAGAAAAGCAGCAGUUUCAUGUUUAAGACAGCUAUCACAGAGGGAAGCAAAAGAAGUUUGUGAAAUUGCAGAAUCAUUUGUUAAAUCUCCUGAAAAUAUCAACAAAGAUGGAUUUUUAUUGACAGAAUCUGGAUUACCAGGAGUAUUAUUUAAUAUGUUAGAUACGGAAAUGGACAAACAACUAAUAAAAGAUAUUCAUGAUACUCUCAUAAGUAUGCUUCAAAUGUUAGCUGUUGACAAUCUUACAAAAUGGAUUAAUUUGUGUAAAUCAGUCUUAACGGUUUCUUCAGAAUUACAUAAUAAGGAAAUAGAUAAAAAUGAUGGACCUGUAAUGAAUGAUGACGAUGAAACUGGAGAUGACCAUGAUGAAUUCCAAAAGGAUUCUAAAAAUGAAUAUUUAUUAAAAAGAAAACGACAACCCAGAUGGCCAACUAGGGUUUUUGCUGUUCAGUGUAUUUGUCGAAUAAUAUCUUCAUGUCAUAAAGAAUGUGACUCUUCUCCACAUUUUAAUUUGUCAUUAGCUAAAGAAUUAUCGUUUACUAAUAAUAAAGGAGACUAUCUGAUUCUUCAUUUGUCUGAUUUAAUAAGAAUGGCGUUCAUGGCAGCAACUAGUGACAGUGAUCAGUUACGUUUAGAAGGAUUUGAAACUCUUAAUGAGAUUAUUGAAAAAUUUGCUCAAGUACCUGAACCCGAAUUUCCUGGUCAUUUAUUGUUAGAACAAUUUCAAGCUCAAGUGAGUGCUGCAUUAAGACCAGCAUUUUCUGAAGACACUCCCAGUCAUGUUACAGCUGCUGCAUGUCGAGUAUGUGGGACAUGGAUAGGAAGUGGAGUUGCACGUGAUUUAAGUGACUUAAGACGAGUUUAUCAUUUAUUAGUCACAUCUCUUAAAAAACUCAAACCGGGUUUCAAUAUAAAUUUCAAUAGUUUAUAUAAUGAAAGUGUUGCAACAUUUGAAUGUUUAGCUAUACUUAAAGCUUGGGCCCAGAUUUAUAUUAUUGCCAUGAUAAAUAAUGGUGUUGCCCCUGAUAAUUUCAAUAAAAAUUCUAACUUAAAUGUUAGUGAAACUAAUGAUGAUUUUGGAAAUUAUGAAGGACAAAAUGAUAGUCUGUUGACUUUAAUUCAUCCAGAAUUAGAUAUGUUGUCUAAAAAUUGGCAAGCUGCUCUUAAGGAUCAUGCUCUUCUAUUGCUGCCUUGUGAGUUUAACAGUCAGCUUCCCCAUGAAGGUGGUGCCUUUUAUACAUCAAGUACAAUUGAUAGUAGUAGAAGUCAUUAUAAAAAUGCUUGGCCUCCAAUUUUAUAUGCUUUAUCACUAUGGUUGAAUUCUGAAGAUUUUAAAGAUGAAAAUACUAGCAUAACUAAAGAAUUGCAAGAUAAAUUUUACCUAAUAUUUGGAAUUUGUACUGAAGCGAUAUGUAAUCAACGGACUUUGGAAAAUGUAGACAAUUUCAUAACUUGUCUGAAAUCAUUAUAUACAAUAUUAGAUUCACCGUUGGCCAGACGAAUGAUGAUGAAAAAUUGUAUAUUAGCAGUGGAAACAUUAAAUAUUAUGCACAAAUUACUUUUAACAAAUGAUAGUAUAGAAGUACAGCAAACUAUUAUGAAUAUUGUAAAACAAAUAGUAAAAGCUGCUCAAGAGGAUUUAAAAAUAAAAAAUUCAAAUUCGGCUAAUGAAAAAAGUCUUGGAUCCUCAACUGCUGCUGAUGUAGCUUGCUUAGGUGAUGGUGGACAGGAUGGGGUUCUAGAGCACGAUAAAAGUAUUGUGUUUGCUACAUUAGAAGUUUGCAUGUGUUUGAUUGUUCGACAAAUACCAGAUAUGAAUCCAACACCUUUAGUAUCUUCAACCAGAAAAUUACAUUCAAAUUGUUUAAACCAUAAUGUUAUCGCUAUAACAUUAAAUAUUAUGGCCCAACUUCCAAAUCUUUGCUCUCCAAGUGGAGGUGUUCAGAUACUUCCAACAAUUGCAUAUUUAAUAACCAAUGUACUAAAAGAAUUGGGAGAAAACAAUAGUUCUAAUGAAACGUCCAAAAAUAAAAUUUCUAUUUUAGCUGCCCUGGACGCUUUUCAUGUACUAUGUAAACAUUCUUUUGGAUAUCAUAAAGUAUCUGAAAGUAAAUGGAGGUCACUCUUACAAAGUACAAUUGCUAAACUAAUUGAUAUUUCUAAAACUGGAGACGAAGGCAAAAAAUUAAAUGAAAUAACGAUGCUAUCUGUUAUCACUGUAUUUACAUUACAUGCACCACCUGGUGUUAUGGUUGUUCAAAAUAUUUUAUACCCUUGCAUUAAUUACUGCACACAAUGUUUCGGAAGUGAUAAUAUCGUUGUCAAAACAAAAUGCAUUCAAUUUCUUAAAGCUGUUUUUCAACUUGAAGAUAAAUAUAUUGCAACAGGAUACAUUCAAGCACUAGCUCCACGCCUUAUGGAAUUGUUAUACGUGGAUAUACCAAACAAUAUGUUGGAAUCUAAUUUGAUAAUGCUAUGUGAAGCAAUUAGUGCAAUUGAAUGCUUGGUUCAAUUGGCACAACCCAAACACAGAACUCAAAUGUUAGCAUUGCUUGUACCAUCCUUAAUCAAUUUUCUUAUAGACACAGAAUUGACAAAAUAUGACACUGUCAUGACUAAAUCACGGUCUAAACUUCAUGAGUUUAGUUUACAAUGUUUAUUGAAAAUUGGACCGGUUUAUCCACAGGAAUUCAAAAUAAUCAUGUCUCAAAACAAUAAAUUGAAAACAAAAUUAGAACAUACCAUUAAAACUACUAAAUCACAACAACAGUUUAACUCUGGUUGUCAUAUACCACAAAGUAUAACAAAGUCUAUCCAGCCUUCUAUCAAACUGAAAACAGAUUUCACUAACUUUAGUUAACAUUAAGAAUUAUAUCUAUAACAUAACGGUUACAAUUUUUUAAAUAUUUAUUAUUUUUACUAGGACUUCGAUUUUAUGUUUCACAGAAUUAUUAAUAGAAUAUAUGUAUUGAGUUACCGAUUCUAUGCUGGACUGAAA